AUGGUACGAGGAAUAAAAAAGAAAUUCAAACAGCCAAUUAUGUACACAUUUUGCAAAGGAGCCACAAACCAAUAUAAAAUUAUUUGUCAAUUGAAAAAAGUGAUUGAGACUGUUCAUUUGACAGGCCUUCGUGUUGUAGCAACUAUUAGUGACCAGGGAACUGCAAAUGUUGGUGCAAUAAAUAUUUUGAACAAUGAAACUCGACUUUAUCAUGUAAAAAACAACUCAGAAUAUCUUGAUGAAUUUUAUGAAGUUGAAUUACAUGAUAAACAAAGGCUGAAAUUGGUUCAUAUAUAUGAUGUCCCGCACUUAAUGAAAUGUAUAAGAAAUAAUUUACUAACCAAAAAUUUAUCUUAUACAAUUGAUAACAAAACAAAAUAUGCAAAAUGGUCACAUCUCGAAGAUCUAUACAAGAUGGAUAGUGCUGUUCCAGAUUGCAAGAUGUUACCGCGACUUACCGAUCAGCAUAUAUUUUUUUCGCAACGAGUUUCUUCUACUAUGAAUUUUCUUGCAUCUCUUAAUAUCAUUGGUACAGAUGCUGCCGACACUGCUUUUAUAUGCCUUUUUUUUGAUAAACUUUUCGACUCACUCAAUGGAAGUUUUGACAAAGUAACUGAUGGAAAAAUAUACCGUACUGCUGUCAAAAAAAAUUCUAUCCAUCAUACUGUUUGGGCCGAAAGUUUAAAAGUGCUCAGUACAAUGAGCUUUGUACUUGAGAAUGGUAGAAAAAAGUCAGUUCCAACGAUCCAAAACUGGAUGACAACUAUACGAUCUUUUCAAACACUGUCCAAGGUGUUGGAUCUGAAUGGUAUACGUUCCUUUCUUCCUCGGCAUCUCAAUCAGGACCCGUUAGAAUGCUUCUUUGGUGCAAUCAGAAGUAUUGGUUCAAAAAAUCCGAAUUGUCAUGCAUUUGAUUCUGCAUACAAAACUUUAGUUUUGAAUAAUUUGGUGUCCACCCACUCACCAGGAUCGAGCUGUGAAGAAGACUUCACAGAAGGAAGCUUGUCAUCAUUCAAAAAUUUUUUUGAGAGUGCCAUUGCUUCAACGUCUGACUUUGAGAACCAAAUUGUCAUUAGUGCUGAUUUGCCUCCAACACUACAUAAUUUAUCAAUGACUACUUCUUUUGUUCGAGGACAAGCUCAAAAUUACAUUGCCGGAUUUAUAGUAAAAAAAUUAAACAAAACUUUUUUUAAAAAUUGUCAAACAUGCCUCACUCAGCUUUGUACAGAAAAGGUAUCCGAACAUCAUUCAUUAAUAACUGCUCGAGAAUAUCAAUCAAAUCAUCCAACUUUAAAAUACCCAACAUCUACAUUAUGUUCUAUAGUUCAACAAAUCAUAAGUUUUGUCGGAGAAAAAAUGUCAAAUGUCUGUCUUCAUCCUAAUAUACAUUCAACUCUGACUAAUGCCUUAAAUCAACAAUUAAUUUUCCCUUUUGAAUUAAAUUGUUCGGAACACAAAGAUCUUUUCCGGCUGAACAUAAUUCAAUUUACAGUUAAAAUGAUGAUACAACAUUAUUGUACUGAAGUUAACAGAAUCCUUCUAGGAAAAAGAAAAUUGCAAGACAAUGAGACUGAUCCUGUUAAAAAAUUGGCCUACACAUGGUAUUUAAAGCACUCAAAGACCAGAAAAACUCAGGGAAAGUUUAACUUAAUUUAA